AUGCUGUCCAGCCUCGGGAACCCGCGCCAGGCGGCGUCGCAGCUGCUCAACUUUGCACUGAUUCUUUCCACAGCUUUUAUGAUGUGGAAAGGUCUCUCCGUUGUCAGCGAUUCCCCCUCACCUAUCGUCGUAGUUCUUUCCGGCUCAAUGGAGCCUGCGUUUCAGCGUGGUGAUUUGCUUUUCCUCUGGAAUCGUAACCUGCUCCAGGAGACGGACAUUGGUGAAGUCGUGGUUUACGAGGUCAAGGGCAAGAACAUUCCGAUUGUUCACAGAAUUAUUCAGAAGUUCGGUGCUGGACCGGAAGCGAAGCUCCUUACGAAAGGAGACAACAACGCCGGCGCCGAUCAGGAGCUCUACGCCAAGGGACAGGACUUCCUCGUGCGAAAGGACAUUAUCGGCUCCGUCGUUGCUUACAUUCCCUUUGUUGGAUACGUUACCAUCCUCCUCUCGGAGCACCCAUGGCUGAAGACGGUGAUGCUGGGAAUCAUGGGAUUGGUCGUGGUGCUGCAGAGAGAGUAA